GCCCCACGUGUGUCAAGCUGGGCCAGUGGGCCAGCACCCGCAGGGACCUCUUCUCGGAGGCCUUCUGUGAUGAGUUCUCCAAGCUGCACGUCGAGGUGAGCCCGCACCCCUGGGGCCACACCGACGAGCUCUUGAGGAAGGCCUUCGGUGAGGGCUGGACGGGCUUCCUCAAGUUCCCGAGCCGGGAGCCGGUGGGCUCGGGCUGCGUUGCCCAGGUGUAUAAAGCCUAUGCUGACCUCGCCGCCAUCGGCGGCUCCCGGGCCCAGGAGCUGGAGCAGCGCUCGGAGCUCAGGUCCGCCUUUGAAGCGUGGCAAGUGUCAGGCUUUAGAGGCCUCCUCGGGUGGCUGAGGAGGAGGAAGAGCAAGGAGAUACGGGAUGAGAGGAGCAGGGAGGAACUGAGUUCUGCAGGCUGCUCCCAGGGAAGUUCCGGGACUAGGAUGUCCCUUAUGGAGCAGAGGGCCAAGCCACUCCCGAACGCAGACCCGUCAUCAGCCAGACAUCUCGUGCCUGUAGCCAUUAAAGUGCUGCACCCUGGGCUGGUCCACCAAGUGCAGAUGGAUCUGUUUCUCAUGAAGAUGGGCAGCCGCAUCAUUGGACUCCUCCCCGGGUUCAAGUGGCUCAGUUUGACAGAGAUUGUGGAGGAGUUUGAGAAGCUUAUGAUGCAGCAGAUUGACUUACGCUACGAAGCCAGAAAUCUGGAGCGCUUCCGACAGAAUUUCCUAGAUGUCGAUUUUGUGAAGUUUCCAACUCCCCUUUGGCCCUUGGUAACAGCAGAUGUUCUAGUGGAAACAUUUGAGGAGAGUGAGCCCAUCUCACACUACCUGCACGUGGGGAUCGGCACGGAGCUGCGGCAGAGGCUGGCCAGGAUGGGCAUGGACAUGCUGCUAAAGAUGAUCUUUGUUGACAACUUUGUCCACGCCGACCUGCAUCCCGGGAACAUCCUGGUUCAGGGCAGCGCCCGCCCAGAGCUGUGUGACAGCCGGGUGCCAGAGCUGUGUGACAGCCAGGUGCUGGAGGUGCAGCCAGCCCUGCAGCAGCUGUGCCUGGUGCUGCUGGACGCAGGGAUCGUGGCGGAGCUGCAGAGUGCCGACAUGCAGAACUUCCGUGCCGUGUUCACGGCUGUGGUCCAGGGACAGGGGGAGAGGGUGGCAGAGCUGAUCCUGCACCAUGCCCGUGCCAACCAGUGCCAGGACAUCGAGCGCUUCAAGGCUGAGAUGGCAGAGCUUGUGACCAAGGUCCGGGGGAACACCAUUGCCCUGGGCAAGCUUCAGGUGGGAAAUCUCCUCUCCAGUGUCUUCAAACUACUGAUGACCCAUAAGGUGAAGCUCGAGAGCAAUUUUGCUUCCAUCAUCUUUGCCAUCAUGGUUCUGGAAGGACUGGGACGUUCACUGGACCCUGAACUGGACAUCCUGGAGGCAGCCAAGCCACUGCUCAUCAAAACCGCAGCUUCUGCCCUCAGAUAGACUCCUGUGGCUGCUGCCCUCUCCCUGUGGUGGGGAUUUCCCUGUGCUGUGCUGCCUGGGAGCUGCCACGGAGGAGGCUGAAGGUGAGAAGUCACAGGUUCCCAGGGAUGUGGCUGCUCUCCACUAACGCUGCCUGCAGUCAUUUCAGCCGAGCAUGGGAUGAUCAGAAGGUCUAUUCUGGGAUGAUCAGAAGGUCUAUUCCAGAAAGCAGGAAGAAUUUGCACAAUUGGACAUUUCCCACUCAUUGCAUAGGUCUAAGAGCUAAUGUGCUCUGGUAGUUUUUAAAAGCAUCUUCAGAAAGAUGUUAACUGAUCAAGUCUGUUUUAAAAUACAUCAGGUUAAAUAUUUAAUUUACUGACUUACCUGCACUGUGGUAUGAGAAAUUAUGUUCUAGCAUCUAAGCAGCACAUUCAGGCUGAAAAAGGCCAAUAAACCUGUUUGUCUUUUGUACUUUUAACUUCUACUUUUAUUGUAGAAGUGUCCUAACAUCCUGCAUGUAGUGGUCUGCUCUUAGUCAUUUUGGAUGACAAAACCAGACCAUUUAAAUUUUUUCUCAAACUUCUGUACUCUAGUACAUUAAAAUAGGAGUUUGAAUUAUAAACAGCAUAAUAAAAUAUCUACCUAGGCAGAAAAACCUAAUUCCAUAAUAAAAAACAACUUCUGGGAAUA